AUGAUUGAGCUCACAGCCAGUACAACUGCUGUGAGCUGUCACCAAGUCUUGGUUGAACACAGACGCCCUUGCCCGAUAGGAGACGCCGAGCGCUCAGCAGUUGUGUGUACUAAACUGAUUCAGGCGUCGACAGCCAGACCUAGACGACAACACCUUCUGCACGCUGCAAUAUACUGGAUGAUUGCCGUUGUAUCACACUACAAUCUACCGGAUCGCUUCGACUAG